AUGAUACUGGGACCCGUGUCCUACCUCGACUGCAUCGUUUUCUGCAUCUUCCUUGCGCCGCAGCUCAUACUCAAUGUCGGCCUGCUGGAGACAGUGAUUACCGUGUUACAGGUACUGCCGUUCUUAGUCUUUGAGCUACCUGCCACCUUCCUCUACGAGCGCUACUGGUUAAAAAAGGCGGACCGGCCAGUUUUCGUCCAGAAGGCGUCCCCAUUUGAGGAUUUUGUCGUCCGCUGUGUACGGUAUGCCUUCGCCAACAUCCCGCCCAAGGUAGGCCGUGUCUUCUUCGGGAAGAAGGUCGCACUGCCGUGGCUGAGGUGGCGGCUGCUCCGUCAUGGCCGUCUCAGAUCGCCCGUCUUCUGGAAAGAAUACCGUGACGAGAACGUCCGAGGCGUGUGGGCCAUUGACGACCCUGCGGCAAGGCCGGACAUAAUCAUAUACUAUGCUCAUGGCGGAGGCUUCAGCAUGGGUUCGCCCUAUUUCUACCUCGAGUUCCUUCUCACCUGGCUCUCGCUCCUGAAGCGGGCAGGCUACAGGAACCCGGCAGUCUUCGGCCUGGACUAUACCCUUGUGCCCGACUCCAGUUUCCCGAAACAGCUCGCCGAGAUGGUCGCUGGGUAUGAGCAUGUCCUUCGCAUGGCCGGCAGCGACCCGUCCAUCAUCUGCGUUGCAGGAGACUCGGCAGGAGGGACGCUGGCUCUGAGCAUGCUGCUGCACCUCGCGCAUCCCGUGUCCAGCAGCAAAGGCAGGCACUUGCCAGAGGACUCGCGCCACCUCAAUAAGCCUGGCAUGGCCGUCCUCAUCUCGCCGUGGCCGACCCUCCAGUCUGCGCUGUAUCAGAACAACCGCAGCGACUUCCUUGACGUGCCGGCGCUGCAUCUUUACGCUGCGCAGUAUGCCGGCAGGGUCGAUUUGCUCGAUGAUCCCGUUGCGUCGCCCGGGAACUGUACGAGACUGGCGUGGCUGAAAGAAGCAAGUCCAAAGAAAGGGUUACACGUAGUGUAUGGCAAGGAAGAAGUGUUUGCGCCUGAGAUUGAGCAGUUGGUGCAGAGGCUGGACAAGGCUGGGACGCUGGUCACCAGCCAAGGUGAGACAGGAGGGAUACACGCGUGGCCCGUCGCGUCGCUUUUCCUGAGCAGCACGGAAGAUCAGAGGAUCAAAGGCCUCGGAGGUAUUGUAAAGGAGAUAAAAAACCGCCUCCCGCCACCUCAGCACCAGAAGUAG